CAUCUUUCCUUGCACUGCCAGACACCUCGAAUAAAAUACAUAUAAUCUGCCUUCUUGUCUCGUUCAGACCUCAUCCUCACCGUUAUCAUACACCUCGAUCUCAUUGGCUGGCUUGCAACUGGUCCCAUCUGCCUCAUUGCUUACUGAGAUUGAACACCUUCCCCAGUCAUGCCCCUGCCAGACAUUUGUCACACUUUUGAUCCCUUCUUUCACCUCGAUGAUGACCGGUUGCGGAGGGUGUUGGAACAGUUCAAGAAGGAGCUUCGAAUGGGAUUAGAACAGUAUGGUCAUGACGUUGCCAUGGUACCCAGUUUCGUCACUGGUGUCCCGGACGGUACGGAGCAAGGAACCUUUUUGGCAUUAGACUUGGGUGGAACGAAUCUACGUGUGUGUGAAGUCAAGCUUUUCGGUCAUCAUCAAUUUGAAAUCAAGCAACAAAAGUAUAAGGUCUCUGAGGAUCUCAAGGCAGGACAAGCCAGAGUAUUAUUCGAUUAUAUUGCAAAUUCAGUGGAUGCUUUCUUGACGGAGAUUGGGUCUGAGAUUGAGACGGAUGGAGAGCCUAUAUACCUGGGAUUCACAUUUAGUUUUCCCGUUGAGCAAACCGCGAUAGACGCUGGUAAAUUGCUCACAUGGACCAAAGGUUUUUCUGCCAAAAACGCAAUCGGACAUGAUGUGGUGGGGUUAUUGCAGGACGCUUUGGACAGGAAACAUAUUCAUGUACGAUGUUCUGCUCUCGUGAAUGAUACUGUGGGGACACUCUUGUCUCGAUCAUAUCAACAUGGACCUGCACUCAUUGGAGCAAUCUUCGGUACAGGUACCAACGGCGCUUACAUUGAUCGAACGCGAACUGUGAAGAAACUUGGAGAGGAGGCUAUAGCAGCGGCGGAAGCACUAGGAGAACAUGCAGGACAAUAUAUGGUCAUCAACACCGAAUGGGGAGCUAUGGACAACGGGAGACAUACGCUACCCGUGUCGAUUUUCGACAACAAACUCGAUCGAGAGUCUAUCAAUCCACGUAAACAAGCUUUUGAAAAGAUGGUCUCUGGAAUGUAUCUAGGCGAGAUCACUCGCAAUAUGCUACUUUAUCUGAUCGACUCGUCUCUGCUUUUCAACGGAUUCUCCACAACGACACUCAACACACACUACGGCUACGACACUUCUUUCGUAUCCAACGUGGAGGGAGUAUCAAGCGAUUCUGAAGUUCGCUCGAUUAUCCUGACCAAUUUGGGAGUCGACCCCGAUAACAUCACGGAUGGGUGUGUCGAGCUGGUACGAUGGGCUUGUCGGUGCGUGUCGGAUCGUGCUUGUUCUUUGGCAGCUUGUGCAAUCGCCGCUGUGAUUCAACACACUGGUAAUGACAUACCUCCGGAAGGAGAACAAGAUACCGGUGUGGAUGUUGGGGUUGACGGCUCUGUCGCCGAGUUUUUGCCAAAUUUCGAAAGUAGGGUACGUAAAGCAUUGAGAGUUCUCUUGGGUGAAGCAGGCGAAGCUAGGGUUCGCAUAGGAAUGGCAAAAGAUGGUAGUGGUGUAGGAGCCGCUCUUUCCGCUUUGCAAGCUAAAAAGGCUAUGGUUGCUAAAUUGCAUGGGGGUGCUUUGGCAACUGGUCAAUCUGAACCUACCGGUCAGACGGGAAGUAGACCCAUUGACACGGCAGAUCAACUCGAUUUGAUUCAUAUGUAAAUUAUCUAUCUAUGCAUCACUUGGAUCUU